UUGGAUGAAGUCCUCGAACGGAGACUCUUCACAGCUAUUUCUCCGAGGAAACUCUUUUCUAUCAAAUCUUACUUCCUGAUCAGGCCGGAAAUGGAUUUCCUUUGCGACGGAAAGGAAUAUUUGGGGAGACCAAGCGUUGAUAAUUAGGCGUGACGAAGGGCCAGGGAAAACUUCGUUUUCUUGUCUCCUAGAGAUUUAGUCCAGCUCAACUUCCCUCCAUGGGGAGUGUUUCUACCAACCACCUUACAGCGAGAGACUUUCUCUAUGUUCACUGUGCGUAGUGAUGAUAAUGGAGCUCAUCAUUUUGAAAAGGCAUCCCUUAAACUUUCUUGUGUUCGUGGCUGUGAUGGGUGCCGGUUACAUGGUUGAUUGUGUUUCCAGCCUCAAAUAUUUAUUAGACACUUAAUUUGCAGGAAUUAAGGUUAUAAACUAAGGCACUCUGCCAACCCUCAAGCAGCUUACGGUCCGUGAAGGAAUCCACCGCUAAAGUGGAGUUUGCAGUUGAAGACAACCAACUUUGCCGGGCAUGGUGCCCUUGCCCCUGUAAUUCCAGCACUUGGGAGACUGAGUAACGAGCAUUGCCAUAAGUUUGUGGCCAACUUUGGUUACAGUACUUCAGGCCUGUCGAAGUGAGACCUUGUUUCAACCAGAAAAGCAAGUCACCUUUAUUGAUGAGUCAGCCCCAGUCUCCAAAGAAAACCACAUCCCUUUUUCCUAUCAAAAAUGGUUCCAAAGAAAAUGGGAUCCAUGAGGAACAAGAUCAAGAGCCACAGGAUCUCUUUGCAGAUGCCACAGUGGAGCUCUCCCUGGACAGUACACAGAAUAACCAGAAAAUGAUGCUAGCCAAAACCCUUAGUUCUCAUUCUCUGCAAGGAGCCACAAAUUCUCCGAAACCGCAGCCAAGCUACGAGGAGCUAGAGGAAGAAGAGCAGGAGGACCAGUUUGAUCUGACAGUCGGUAUUACUGAUCCUGAGAAGAUCGGGGACGGUAUGAAUGCCUAUGUAGCCUACAAAGUCACUACACAGACGAGCUUACCAAUGUUCAGAAGUAAACAAUUUGCAGUAAAAAGAAGAUUCAGUGACUUUCUUGGUCUCUAUGAGAAGCUUUCAGAGAAACACUCUCAGAAUGGCUUCAUCGUCCCGCCUCCGCCUGAGAAGAGCCUCAUAGGAAUGACAAAAGUGAAAGUUGGGAAGGAAGAUUCUUCCUCUGCAGAAUUUCUUGAAAAAAGGAGGGCUGCUUUGGAAAGGUACCUUCAAAGAAUUGUGAAUCAUCCUACCAUGUUACAAGACCCAGACGUCAGGGAGUUUUUGGAAAAGGAAGAGCUGCCACGUGCCGUGGGUACACAGGCUUUGAGUGGUGCUGGUCUCCUUAAGAUGUUCAACAAAGCUACAGACGCAGUCAGCAAGAUGACCAUCAAGAUGAAUGAGUCGGACAUUUGGUUCGAGGAGAAGCUCCAGGAGGUGGAAUGCGAGGAGCAGCGCCUACGGAAGCUGCAUGCUGUGGUAGAGACUCUAGUCAACCACAGGAAAGAGCUAGCUCUGAACACAGCCCAGUUUGCCAAGAGUCUUGCCAUGCUUGGGAGCUCUGAGGACAACACGGCCCUGUCACGAGCACUCUCCCAGCUGGCUGAGGUGGAAGAAAAGAUUGAGCAGCUCCAUCAGGAACAGGCCAACAACGACUUCUUCCUCCUUGCUGAACUCCUAAGUGACUACAUUCGCCUCCUGGCCAUUGUCCGAGCUGCCUUCGACCAGCGCAUGAAGACAUGGCAGCGCUGGCAGGAUGCGCAAGCCACACUGCAGAAGAAGCGGGAGUCUGAGGCGCGGCUGCUGUGGGCCAACAAGCCUGACAAACUGCAGCAAGCUAAGGAUGAGAUUACAGAGUGGGAGUCUCGGGUGACUCAGUAUGAAAGGGACUUUGAAAGGAUUUCAACAGUUGUCCGGAAAGAAGUGAUUCGAUUUGAGAAAGAGAAAUCCAAGGACUUCAAAAACCACGUGAUCAAGUACCUGGAGACACUCCUACAUUCCCAGCAGCAGCUGGCAAAAUACUGGGAAGCCUUCCUUCCUGAGGCGAAGGCCAUCUCCUGAGGGACCAAGGAUACCAGAGCCCACCUGUGUGACGCUGCCUUUUUAUACUCUGUCCUCCUCCCCCUCGAUGGACCCCAACUGAUGCACCCUGCCUUGGCUGGACUUAACUCUUCCACUCUGCCCCACAAACGAACUCUUCCCAGUUACUCUAACCAAUAUUUCAUUUAGCUUCCACAUAUAUUUUCUUACCUAAGAGAAUAGUUUCCUGCUUUAAGCAAAAGACCUACAAUAGGUGGUGGAAUUAUAGGUUAGGGGUGGAGUGUUGAUAUAAAUAUAUAAAUACAAAUGUAUAUUUUUCAGGCUGUGGUUUAGGAACUGGGAAUAACGUUUUCUGUUACUCCUGAUGGUGCCAUGAAAGAUUAUGUAAUAAAAUAUUUGAAAAUCA